AUGCCGGCUGACGCUUGUCCAGCCUGGGGGACCCCGCUGGCCCGCCCCGUGGAGGGGUCCCCGUGGAGGCGCGUCCCCGCGGAGGGGUCCCCUUCGGCGCUGGCUCAGCCCCGAGUUGCGGCGGGGAGGGAGCCGGGUCGGUGGAGCGCCGCGUCCACGCCGCCCGCCGCGUCCACGCCGCCCGCGCCCCGCCCCGGGGUCCCGCGGCCCUCCGCCCUGCUGCUGGCGCUGGCGCUGGCGCUGUGUCUGGCGGUGCCCGGGCUGCAGGCGGCGGGGCCGGGGCCGGGGCCGGGGCCGGGGCCGGGGUCGCCGGGGGUCCCCGGGGCCCCCCCGCCCGGGCUGCUGCGGCAGGCGGCGCGCGCGGCCCUGCACUUCCUCAACUUCCGCGCGGGCUCGCCCAGCGGGCUGCGGGUGCUGGCGGCCGUGCUGCGGGGCCGCGCCGCGGUUGACGCGCGGAGGACCUGCCGGGUGGACCUGGAGUUCACGGCCGAGCGCUACGGCCCCGAGGUGGCCGACGGACGUUUGGGGAGAUGCUCUGCUCGAGUGGUUUUCAGGCAUCAGAAGCCCAGGCCGGCCGUUAACGUGACUUGCACUCGGUUCAUGGAGACGAGCAGGAGGCGGCGGGAGGAUUUCCUGCUGUACAAGCGCGCCAAGCGGCUCCGAGCCCCGCUGGGGGCGACCAGCAUACCCGACAGUCACGGAUGGAUCGAUCCCUCCCUGAGACCCAUCUGGGAUUUGGCUUUUCUCGGCAGCUCUUACGUGAUGUGGGAGAGGACGACGCAGACGUUACACUACUACAUGGCGCAGCUCAGCAGUGUGAACCAAUGGAAAACGAAUGAGGAUGCAAUUGAUUUUGAUUACACGGUUCUACUCCACGAAUUCUCGACACAGGAAAUCAUCCCCUGCCGCAUUCACUUGGUCUGGUACCCAGGUAAACCGCUGAAAGUGAAGUACCACUGCCAGGAGCUGCACACAGCACAGGAGGGCUCUGGCACCGAAGAAGGCUCAGCUGUGGCGCCAACACAGCCUAAUAAUUUCUAGAGAAGAAAAUAAGAUCUGCUCAUACCAAAUUCUAAACAAAGUGACUGUACUAAGUCAUCACUAAUCACUCUGGUAAAACAGGGAAGGUAGAAGGUAUUCUGAUCUUUGGCAAAAACUGCAAUUACAGUCCUCAACAAUUACAAGACGUUGGGGUUUUUGUUUUUCUGUUGGUUUCGUUCAUUUAAUCAAUUCUGGGAACGCAGGCGUACCGAACCCUGCUCCGUGCUAAGCAGUUUACUCCACGGGCUUCUCAGGGUUUCGGCCCUAAAUGCUGUGCUUGGAUCAAUACACAUUGAGGAAAACAAAAGAUUGAAGGUCUCACCUCUGUAUUUCUCAUUACCUUGAACGUAGCGCAGCCGACUACUUUCUGUUGCUAGAUUCCUGCUACCUAGGAUGUAAAGAAGAGAAUAUAUCUCAAUAAAGCAAAUUGUAGAGAAAAUAUUAUCAGUUUAGAAGGAACUUUACUAUUUUUUACGAUUUCAAGCGACUAUUCUUUUUUGUAUCUACUUUUAAAUAAAUAUUUACAUUUCUACAUAAAA